CAAUACCUGAUACUCUAUAGACGAAGGCAUUUCGAAGCAUUGGAACCAUCAAAUCUGAAUUCCAAACCCAAACAAUGAACGUUGCGGUUGUGAAUAGCUCCACGAUCACGAAGUUUGUGGAUGACAAGAACACGUUUGAUAAAUUCGUGCGGGAAUGGCUUGCGGUGCUUGAUGAAGAUGGCGAUGGAGUGCUUUCGCCAGACGAUGUUCGCGGCGGAUUCCGCAAGUUAUUGCCAUUAGGUUACUAUCCCCGAGAAAAGGACGAGAUUGAUGGGCUCUGCAGAUCGGUAUUCGAGAGGUUUGAUGAAGACCGAAAUGGAUGGCUGGAUGGCAACGAGUUCAAGUCCUUCAUGACCGAGAUUAUGAAUGCUCUUGCUCGUGGCAUCAGUGGCUCUCCCCUCGUUGUUGUUCUUGAACAAGGCAGCUUCCUUUCCAAGGCUGUUCACCACGAAUUGGCCAGAGAUAGCGCAGAGUUGCUGAAACCUCUUGUGUCGGAUGUCGCCAACAGAAGUGAGGGGCAGGCAAUGUCAAUGUUUUGGGCAUGGAAGGCUUGCUCCCCAAUCUCGUUAUUCCUGGCACUCGCCGCUCUUCUGUUCUUUCUAGCUCUUCUCUGCACAGCCUUCUGA